AAAAAAAAAAAAAGACGAAAGAGUCAUACUGUUUGAGUGAGGGGUACCUAGUUGACACCAUAAGAACCGAAAAAGGACUUUUGGGGGGAGAGACGGAUAGUCGACGGAGUGGAGCUUUGCAUAUCCCCGAUGUGUAAACAACCCUCGGAGUUCGGCGCUAGAGUUACCCGUUAUCCGGCCGCUCCCCCUCUUAGAGGGGCUCGGGACCGAAUUCGCCAGUUAAGGUUAGGUGGGUAGGUAGCCACCACGAAUCCGCCCCGACGAUCGCUGGCAUGCAAAUCUCAUCUAGGCCAUGCGUGCAUACCUUUUAAUUUAUCUUUUUUCGGCCCGCACGGCCCCGUCUGACAUGACGGCUUGUUUUUUUAAUCUAUUGUUUUUUUCUUCUUCUUUGUCGUUUGAUAAUAGGGAGGCGCCUCUUCCUCCUUUUCAGCGUUCGCGGGCAUGGAACAAAUCUGAACUAUGCCCUGCCGUCGUCGUCGUCGCUUCUCGUCAGACAGGCAGCAAGCAGGCGGGAAUAGGGCCAGACACGCGAAUGAAUCGGUGGACGGGGGGAAGAGGCGCCGCUCACCCGACCAUCCAAUCUUGUCUUUCGCGGAGCAUGAGACCGGCCCUGCCUGCAUGCGAGUUAGCCAUAGCCGUGCUAGGAGAGAUGCGGAAUCGAGGUGCUGGGCCCGACGCGCGCCAUUGUGAUUGGUCCAGCCCGGAACAUGCAGGGAGGGCGGGAGCCAAGAUUGGAGGCGGCUCUUUCUAGCGUAGGAACGGGAACCUGGGCCGAAAAAAAAAGAAGAGCAGGCGGAACAUCUACGUCGUUGACUUUUGUUUCGAGGCCGAAUGGCGUACUAGGGGUGUCUGGGAAAGGGGGGGGAGGCUUGUGUUCGUUUUUCUCGUUUCGACUAGGCGCGCCCAUUACUUCCAAAGGGGGGAUGAUAGGACUGAAGCGAUCAAGAUGAGAGAUAUAACAUAUAGACGCGACAUCCUUCUUGGCAUACCGUUUGCCUGCUUGCUUCUCAUCGCCAUUACUCCUUCUUCUUUUCUCGUUUCAUAACAAAAAGGUCAAGUUUUGAACUGAACUGCUCCCCCCCGCCCC